UCAGGCGGAUCUUCUCUUCGCCGACAUGUCUGGCUUUGGCUCGAACAUGAGAUGGAUGUGAUGCAGCGCAUCACCCUUUCCUCGCUGGCCACUAGACGACAAGGCCACUCUGCGAAUAAUAGCGCUCUACCCAGCCCAUUAACACCGUUGGGCCGAAGCCAUAGGAUUAAGUUGACUUCGACCUCAAGCGCCACGUCAUCGGAGUCAAAUAUCUUACGCCGUCUUGAUGAGGCCGGCUUAUCAACUCAGGGUCAAGCAGUUCGUCUCUUUGGGGACCUUUCGCCAGUGAUGGGUUUUAACUCUGCAUUUUCAAGCCUCGGUGAGAUGGAGUAUCGAGCUUUUUAUUUGCUAGUUUCUAGAUAUUUAAUUGUAUUCUACUUGCUUUUCCUUUAA